CUGAAAGAAUCCGUGGCACGCCGGUGGUAGCAUGCCUAUAUUGGGAUAAGUGAGUACACUUGGCGAGGACGUGGAGUUCUGCCAGGCCCCGUAAACGUCGGUGUUCAGAGAAAAUGUCAGGUUAUACCAAAUUACUGCGGACAGUCAGCGUCCACGCUGCCCGCGUUUAAAUACCGAGGUUCGAGACAGAGGGCGUGGCCCUGGUGGUGACGUUUCGUGUUUAUGUGAAAGCUAGCAGCGGUCGGUCUAUACAGUAACCUGCCAGACCUUCAAGCCGUGGACUGUAAACGUGUGCCAUAGCGUCACCCCUGCCUGGGUGCAAUGGUCUUCUGUUACACAUGAGCUCUACUAUGUGGUACAUCAUGCAAAGCAUUCAGAGUAAAUAUUCCCUGUCUGAGCGGCUCAUCCGAACAAUUGCAGCCAUUCGCUCAUUCCCGCACGACAAUGUGGAGGAUCUUAUCCGUAAGGGUGCUGAUGUGAAUCGGAUGCAUGGCACGCUCAAACCCCUGCACUGUGCCUGUAUGGUUGCUGAUGCUGACUGUGUGGAGCUGCUGCUGGAGAAGGGGGCAGAGGUAAAUGCUUUGGAUGGCUAUAAUCGUACAGCACUGCACUAUGCAGCAGAGAAGGAUGAGAGCUGUGUGGAGCUGCUGUUGGAAUAUGGAGCCCAGCCAAAUGCCCUGGAUGGCAAUAAAGACACUCCUCUUCACUGGGCCGCCUUCAAAGAUAAUCCUGAGUGUGUAAGGGCCCUGCUGGAGAGCGGGGCCUGUCCCAAUGCCCGUGACUACAACAAUGACACACCUCUUAGCUGGGCAGCAAUGAAAGGCAACCUUGAGAGUGUCAAAGUGCUAUUAGACUAUGGAGCACAGGUCCAUGUAACUAACCUGAAGGGCCAGACCCCUAUCUCCCGGCUGGUGGCCCUGUUGGCCCGAGGCCUGGGCACCGAACAAGAGGAAGAGUGUUUGGAGCUACUCUGUCGAGCAGCAGGGAGGUUUGAGAUUCGACGGGCCGACGGCACCCUUCCCAGGGAGCUGAGUAAAGAUCCCCAGCUGCUGGCGAGGCUGACCAACAUGGUGGCUCAGGCGCCCACGCUUCGCUCUCUGGCACGCUGUGCAGUACGGCAAAGUCUCGGAGUGCAGUUCCUCCCCACGGCUGUCAAAGAGCUUCCUUUACCAGAGACUAUUAAAGACUAUCUGCUGUUGAGAGACUGAAAAUGAAGCUGUUUUGGUGUCCUCAGACCUCACUGGCUCAUUAUUAAAGAGCUCAUCACACUGCAUUGCACACUGCAAGGAACUGUCUCCACGGAAUUAAAGAGUUGUCCAACCUUUCUGCAAUUUAUUACAAUAUAUGUGAUAGGAGGAAUAAUGAACUUAAUGUAUUUUUCUUUACAAAAAAAUAUAAAUAAGCAGUGAGUGAAGUGCAGAUGAAUAUAUUUUAAUUUGUAGAAUCAAGUUGGCACCAGUGCAUUCUCCUCAUGCGUUGAGUAUCUCAAAGCCUGUUUUAAGGAAAUCUUUCUCACUUUCUUUGCAGAAAGAAAGUAUAACAUCGGGUUUAUUCAGCUCCAUCAUAGUAACGAUGUAUGUAUGUGCAUCCAAUCAUCCAGCUGUUUUGGUUCAUGAAUAGUCAGAAAUUAAAGUUAUCAUCUUGCCUGCUAAAUUCACAGGAAGUAUGAAUGUUACUUUUUAAAAUGUAAAUAUAAUUUAAAAGAGUUUGCCACAGACAAUGAGGAAAGUCAUAAAUUAUAGAAUGAGUAUAUGCUCAUUAUACCUUUUUUAGAGUGAAACAAACAGUUGAUGAAUGAGGACUCAUGUCCACUGGUGCAUGCUGUCCUGUAGUUGUAAUAGAGUGUGUUGUGUGAAGGUGGUUUAUAUGUUGGAGUUGGAGUGGUCAUCUUUCUCUCAGGCACCCUGAAGAGCUCACGCUGCAGUCAUUUUUGAUAUACCAAUAGAAGUAAACACAUCAGAUUUAAAGAAAAUAAAGAGUGUGGGGGUUAACACAGCAAGAACGUCCUCGUUUUGAAUCCACUGGAUGGCUGGUGCGAAGUUUUCAUGUUCUCCCCAUGCCUGCGUGGGUUUUCUCUGGGUACUCUGGGUUACUCCAGGUUACUCCCACGCUCUGAAAACAUGCAUGUUAGGUUAACUAGAGAAUUGGCUGUGAGUGUUCGUUUUUCUCUGUGUUAGCUCUGUAACAGACUGGCGGUUGGGGGUGCACUGUUCUUUUUGUCCUGUGACUGCUGGGAUGGAUAGCCCCACCCCACCAAAAAAAUGUGAGGCUCAAAAAUGGAUGAAUGGAUAGAAGAAAACACUUGAGCAGAUUAGAAAUUAUGCCAGAUGGCAGCAGUUUUAUUUAUGUCGAUGCAGCAGAAGGUUGGUAACUAUUACUGGUUUCACAUGAUGUGCCAGGCACACUAACUUUGCCUCCAUAGUCUUUGGAAGUUAUUCUGCUCUGAUAGCAAGUCUGCAGUCUUGUGAUUUAGUAUUUAUUUGGUCUAUAUUUUAAUAAAAUAAAAUGAAAUAAAAAGUUGCAGUUCCAGUUGCCAAUAAGGAAUAAAGUUUUUUGUUUUGUUUUGUUUUGUUUUUAUUAUCAGUGGAUGUUUUCAGUCUUAACUUGCAAAAGUUUGUGUAUCAAGGGUGCUCGCUGGUCCAACAUUUUGCAGGAUAUUUGAAAGUGACUUUAUUUUAAAUUGUUACGUAUUAGGACCAUGAUAUGGCAUGAUGACUAAGUUUUUGUCUUUGAAGGAUUCACUAACUUGCAAUUUGUUAAAGCACUUGUCUACAAUCUGACAAUUUCUGUGCUUGAAUAUGUUUGCCUUUCUACAGAUGUGUAAAAGUUAACCUCUAGAUCAUGUCUUGUGUACACCAGCAAAGGUGCUUUUUUUCUUCUUUGUAAACAUACUGCAAGUAAAUGCCUUUAUAUUCCAGCUCACUCUUUUCUCUCUGCUCUUCACAAAAAUCACACAUUGAUAGCUCAUAUAUAUCAAAUCACAAUUAAUUACAUCUAAUAGAGAAUACUUAAUGUCUAUACCUGUUAUUGACAGCGCUGUGAUAGUUUUACAUUAUGCAUAUACAACACAGGUUAUAUCUAAUAACAAACUGUUACAGUAAGCAUUGUCACUGAUGACCAAACAUUCACAGUGACAGCGUUUUAAAACACAAGCCAUGAUUGUUUUGUUUUUUUUAAACUUUGUUCCUGCUUCUGGCAUGUCAAAUAUCUUUCAUUAAAGAGACCAUAUACCGAGUGCAAUUAUUAAAGCUCAGUGCAUGGCUACAGGCUACCAUGAACUGAACAUAACAUAACAACAUAUGUAGCUUUGUCAAAAUAUACACUCCUGUGUUACUUUCUUUAGAUGCAUCUUGCUAGUACUGGGUUGGACCCCUUUUUUACUUUCAGAGCUUCUUUAAUUCUUCAUAACAUAGGUUCGACUGCUGGAAACAUUUUUAAGAAAUUUUGGGCCAUAUUGACAUGACGACAUCACAUAGUUGUGCAGAUUUGGGGGCCACAGAUCCAUCAUGUGAAGCACCCGAUCCACCGCAUCCCAAGUGUGCUCUAGUGAACUCAUUGUCAUUGUACAAGAAACCAGUUUGAGAUGAUUUGAGCUUUGUAACAUGGUGCAUUAUUCAGCUGCAAGCAGCCACCAGAAGAUAGCUACACUGUGGUUAUAAAGGGACAGACAUGUUCAGCAAUAACACUCAGACUGUGGCAUUUAAAUGAUGCUUAGUUGUUACUAAGUGGUCCAAAGUGUGCCAAGGAAAUAUCCCUUCACCAUUACACCACCGGCAGACUGAACAGUUACACGGCAGGACAGAUCCAUGCUUUCAUGUUGUUUUUUUAUUCUGACCCUACGCUCAUCAGACCAGACAGCGUUUUUCGAAUCCUUUGUGCUUUGUUUUAGGCAAGCUUCACUUUCCUGUUCUCAGCUGUCAGGAGUAGUAUACGGUGUGGUCUACUGCUGCUGUAGCCCUUAUGCUUUGUGGUUCCAUGUUCAGAGAUGCUCUUUUGCAUACCUUGGUUUUAAGGAGUGGUUAUUUGAGUUACUGUUCCCUUCCUAUCAGGUCUAAGCAGUCCAACUAUUCUCCUUUCCCAUUCUCAUGUGCAUUUUGGACUUCAUCAGGUCGUCUUCAUCUCUAAUUGCCAAAAUGCAUUGAGUUGUUGCCAUGUAAUUGGCUGAUAUUUGUGUUAAUGUACAGUUGAAAAGUGUACCUAAUAAAGUGA